UGGGGGCCAGAAACUCCUGUCAGGAUCGGAUGAAAGCAAGGGACUCUCUCCAGAACUCUGCACACAUGCGUAAUUGCAUACAAUGGGGUUUAUGGAACCCCUGAAGCCCAUCUAUGGUGAGGACCUUUCCUCCUGUGCUAAAAUUUGGGUCUUUGUCUUCCGAGGAUCAUGAUUUUGACCCCACUGCUGAGAUGUUGGUCCAUGAUUAUGAUGAUGAAAGAACUCUUGAAGAAGAGGAAAUGAUGGAUGAGGGUAAAAACUUCAGUUCUGAAAUUGAAGACUUAGAAAAGGAAGGAAACAUGCCUUUAGAAGAUUUACUGGCAUUCUAUGGCUACGAACCUACAGUUCCAGCAGUUGCAAAUUCUAGUGCAAAUAGUUCCCCAAGUGAACUUGCAGAUGAACUACCAGAUAUGACACUAGACAAAGAGGAAAUAGCAAAAGACCUAUUGUCAGGUGAUGAUGAGGAAACUCAGUCUUCUGCAGAUGAUCUGACACCGUCAGUGACUUCCCAUGAAACUUCUGAUUUCUUCCCUAGGCCUUUACGAUCAAAUACUACGUGUGAUGGUGAUAAGGAAUCAGAAGUUGAAGAUGUUGAAACAGACAGUGGUAACUCACCUGAAGAUUUGAGGAAGGAAAUAAUGAUCGGUUUACAAUAUCAGGCAGAGAUUCCCCCUUAUCUUGGAGAGUAUGAUGGCAAUGAGAAAGUAUAUGAAAAUGAAGAUCAGUUACUUUGGCGUCCUGGUGUGGUUUUGGAGAGCAAAGUUAAGGAGUACCUUGUUGAGACCUCAUUAAGAACUGGAAAUGAAAAAAUAAUGGACAGGAUUUCUUCAGGAACACACACAAGGGAUAAUGAGCAGGCAUUAUAUGAACUUCUCAAGUGUAACCAUAAUAUAAAGGAAGCGAUUGAAAGGUACUGCUGCAAUGGAAAGGCAUCUCCAGAGGGAAUGACGGCGUGGACGGAAGAAGAAUGCCGGAGCUUUGAACAUGCACUCAUGCUUUUUGGAAAAGAUUUUCAUCUUAUACAGAAGAAUAAGGUGAGAACUAGAACAGUUGCUGAAUGUGUAGCAUUCUACUAUAUGUGGAAGAAAUCUGAACGCUAUGAUUACUUUGCUCAACAGACAAGAUUCGGAAAGAAACGAUAUAACCAUCACCCUGGAGUUACGGAUUACAUGGAUCGUUUGGUAGAUGAAACAGAAGCUUUGGGUGGGACAGUAAAUUCUUCAGCCUUAACUUCCAACCGACCUGAGCCUAUUCCUGAUCAACAGCUGAACAUUCUCAACUCUUUCACUGCCAGUGACUUGACAGCUUUGACCAACAGUGUAGCAACCAGCUGCAACCCCACGGAUGUGAAUUGUUUGGAUGAUAGCUUUCCUCCACUGGGCAACACACCCCGUGGACAAGUAAAUCAUGUGCCUGUUGUAACGGAGGAGUUACUCACCCUGCCCAGCAAUGGGGAAAGUGAUUGUUUUAAUUUAUUUGAGACUGGAUUUUAUCAUUCGGAGCUUAACCCCAUGAACAUGUGCAGUGAAGAGUCAGAAAGACCAGCAAAGAGAUUGAAAGUGGGCAUUGCUGUUCCUGAAUCCUUUAUAAAUGAGGUUUCUGUAAAUAAUUUGGGUGUGGACUUUGAAAAUCACACACAUCACAUCACCAGUGCCAAAAUGGCUGUCUCUGUGGCUGACUUUGGCAGUCUGUCUGCCAGUGAGACCAAUGGUUUCAUCAGUGCCCACACUCUGCAUCAGCAUGCUGCCCUUCACUCUGAGUGACACGAGUGAGGGACCCAGAAACGGUGGGUGUGCAGUACCAGUAAACUUGAGGAAAGUGUCAGGUUUGCUUAGUCUUUCACUGGAAGUUUGAACGUUUUUCACUAUGACAUCAGUGAUGUCAGUAUGUAUAGAACUAUAUCUUGAUUUAUCAAGAGUAUUUUCAUUUUUCAAUCCAUAAAUGUGGAAAUGAACUAUGAUCAGCAGAGUUGGGAACUAAGAUUGAACUCUGUGGUGCAGCUUUAAGCUCUGCUUAUCUCUUCCUCAUCUCCCAAUACCUCUUCCCCACUCCCUUCUUUUUCUAUUUUCUGUUCCCCACACCCCUCACUCCCAAUUUUAAAACCUGUAGACAGAGGCCACCAGCUCAAAACCAGCACAGAUGUUCUGAACUGAAUGGAGUGGCUUCUUCUUGUGUAAAUUCCUUUUGCCGUAAUGGAUGCAGUGGAAUAACAAUGUUUACAGGUACCGAUCCUGAUCCCUGCUAAAUGUAGCAUUUUUGGGUUUUAUUUUCUUAACUAAAAGCAGGGUUAGGUUUCUUUAAACUGCACAAACAUGCAAAGAUUUUUUAAACAUGGAAACUUCUCUCAUGUUAUUCAACUAGAGCACUUCAGUUUACAAAACAGCAAGUCCAUCUUUAUGGAAGCCAGCACAAGGAACUGUGUGCAAAUUAUGAAGACGCUUGCUUGGAUCCUGUUUGAAAAUACUGGACCAGGGCUACCUUACACAAAAUCAGUCAUCUUACUGUCGCAAGAUUUUUGUGUAACUUCAUUUAUUGGCUACAAAUUUGGCGUUUAAAGAUGUGGUAUUCCAGUGAGGUUUUUGUCCACCAUUGUCAAGAUUGUAAUUGUAAAAAUCAUACCAGGCGUUGAUAAUUUAGUUUAUCCUGAGGCAGUUGACUGGCCGGGCACAGUCUACAAAGCCUAGGAUGUUGCCACUCAAUGGUUUACAUUUUGGGACACCUCUUAAGUUGUUUGUAGCACUGCAGUUCAGAGUGUUAAUAUUUAGGAGGGACUUCCGGAUUUACACAUAAUGCAGUAGAACCUUGAAGUAUAUUUAAACUAUUUUGUUUAGCUUGAACAGUUGGCAAGAAAAAUGUGAGUUCCUAUCUGAAAUAGAAUGGUACGUUACCACUUUUAAGUUUUAAAAAGUUACAGACAUUCAGAUGCAUCUCAAACUCACUUUUAUUUUUAUUACAAACAUUGUGAAUGAGAAGCCAUUGUCAUAAACUUUGGCCAUUUUGGCUCUAUAGACAUGCAUCUUUAAGUUACAACGUGAAUUCAAACCAUAUGUAAUACAGUAUUAGGAUGUAAUAAGCUUUGCUUUUAUAUUUCAGUUAAAACAGAAUUUUACUUUUUUGCACCGCCUUAAAUUUUCAAUUUCUACUA